UUUUUUGUAGACCAAAUAUAAACACUUUAAAACCUUGUUAUAGCCUUUUUCGCCCCUUGUGUCCUCUUUUUUUAUCCGAAAAAUAGCUCAUUUUAAGAAGCAGCAUCUCUAUCUUGUGGCCUUCUAGAAUACUGUUGCUUAAGGUUUAAAUUGAAGUUUAUGCAAUUGCAGGAGUAAAUUGAAUUGUGCUCUGCCACUUUAUAAGGGUCCUUCCAUCUGGUCUCUAGGCUGGUGGUUUCUACCCUAAUAAAUGAAAAGAAAACAGGAAAUAAAAUUAUUUGAAAGUUCUGCUUGUUGCUGUGAAAAAGAAUGUAUGUAGAAAACAAUGCAGAAAUGAAAGCAGUUUGUGAUAGGAGGUGGGAUUAUGCAGAUUUACUAUUGUUUAAUGUAUUCUAUAUCACUUUAUCAAUUAAAUAUUUCAACAUUUUUAUAUAACCUCAAUAUAAUCUAUCUCAUUGCCUUCCUUUGGUUAGAAAACUAAAUCGGGAUAAAUUAAUGGUGUUUCGGCAAUGUAGAGGAGCAGUUCAUUGUGCAGGUGUAUGUUUUCCAACUGGUAGCUCUUGGAUGAAGGCGGUUUUUACAAGCAUUUUCAUAUUUUUAAAAUUUGGAUGAUGAUCUAAAGAAAAAAAAUCCAUAUAAGCCUAUUCGGGUUCCCCUGGAUGACAAGCAGAGCUUUUGGGACGGGGGUGGCAUUUGUACUGAGAUCCAGCCGGAAUGAGGGCUCCUUUCUGAGUCAACAGCCCUUAGUUUCACAUGCAGGCCUUGCGUGCUCCUGCCCUCCAGGGACAUGCUCUCGGUUUGGAUGGGCAUGGAAGUUUGGCAUCAAGAUGUAGAGGCCCAGCCCACACGGCUCAGCAGUUGAGCAGCUACCUAUGAUCCAGGAGAUUGCCGUUGGAUUCCCGUCCAGAAGCCAGGGAGCCCUCAGUGACCACGGAUUCUCUGGACAACUCCACAGCCCUGUCCCUGCUCAGCCGAGGCAGCACCAGCACCAGCUCAAGCACAAGGGCAGAGCCCCUGGACUGCCAGGGAGAAGGGGGAUAAAUCCAUCUACUGGGGCCCAAGUGUGCUCUGCGGGACAGGCCAUCAGUCCCAAAAUGCCCCUGCCUGAGCCUAGUGAGCAGGAGGGCGCGAGUGUGAAGGCCGGCCAGGAGCCGUCCCCUGAGUCCCCUGAGCCGGGCACAGAUGUCGUCCCCACAGCUCCCAGGAAGCCCAGGAAGUUCUCCAAACUGGUCCUGCUGACAGCCUCCAAAGACAGUGACAAAGUGGCUGCAGCCAAGCGCAAAGGAGUGCAUUGCAUCAUGUCUCUGGGGGUGCCGGGCCCUAACACCCUCGCCAAGGCCCUCCUCACAAUCCAUCCUGAGGCCCAGCGUGCCAUUGAGGCAGCCCCCCAGGAGCCUGAACAGAAACGCAGGAAGCUGGACACAGAAGGAAAAGAAGAAGGAAGGUUGGCAGGGGGGCCUGCCCCCAGUCCCACAGUGGGCAGGGAGGAGUCCUCUGUGGGGCCCAGCAAGGCUCCGUAACCCUGACAACUGCAGGCGCAGCGUCCUUGGUGGGUCAGUGAACUUGGCUGUGACUUCUGCCUGGAGCCCAGUUCCUGACUGAUUUUCACUCUCAACAUUGUGUAAUGUUUUUCAGCUCUAUUGCAAGUUACUUUUGUAAGCAGAAAAAGAAAAGAAAAAUCAAAACAAAAUAAAAUAACCUAUAUGCUAGA